GCGACAAAUGAGAGCAUUUUCGAACAAUUUUACAAAGAAGAAUAUUGGAGCCUAAAGUAAUUUUGGAGAUCGUUGUAUGGACUGUUUCCUUACAAGUCCAACAUGAUUGGUCUGGAAGCCUUUGCAGAUCCUUCAGAAGAGUGGGAUAUUGUGGAGACAAUCGGGAAGGGAACUUAUGGAAAAGUCUAUAAGGUCAAUAACAGAAAGGAUGGAAGCCAAGCAGCUGUUAAAGUCUUAGACCCCAUCAAUGAUGUCGAUGAGGAAAUUGAAGCUGAAUAUAACAUCUUGCAAUCACUUCCCAACCAUCCAAAUGUUGUCAAAUUCUAUGGGAUGUUCUAUAAGGCUGAUGGUCUUGCUGGAGGUCAACUAUGGCUGGUGCUUGAGCUGUGUAAUGGGGGCUCUGUCACCGAUCUCAUCAAAGGCUUGCUCAUGCGUGGACAACGGUUGGAUGAAGCCGUAAUCUCGUACAUCUUAUACGGUGCUCUCUUGGGUCUUCAGCAUUUGCACAAUAAUAGAAUCAUUCAUCGUGACGUCAAGGGGAACAACAUUCUUUUGACAACAGAAGGAGGAGUCAAGCUCGUUGACUUUGGGGUGUCAGCUCAGCUCACCAGUGCUCGCUUAAGAAGAAACACGUCUGUUGGCACUCCAUUCUGGAUGGCACCUGAGGUCAUUGCUUGUGAACAGCAGUAUGACUACUCAUAUGAUGCACGUUGUGACGUGUGGUCUCUCGGUAUUACUGCUAUCGAAUUAGGUGACGGUGAUCCCCCGUUAGCAGAAAUCCACCCAGUGAAAGCCUUAUUCAAGAUCCCAAGGUAA